AUGAAGAAACAAAAUGUUCGCACUCUAUCAUUAAUUGUGUGCACAUUUACAUAUUUACUGGUUGGUGCCGCUGUGUUUGACGCAUUAGAGUCUACUACUGAAAGGAACAGAUUUGAAGUACUGCAAGCUAUUGAGGGAAUGAUUAUCAGGAAGUACAAUAUAACAGAGGAGGACUUCCGUGUGAUGGAGACUGUGGUCCUCAAGUCAGAGCCACACAAGGCUGGUCAACAGUGGAAGUUUACCGGGGCGUUUUAUUAUGCUACUACAGUUCUUACUACUAUCGGAUAUGGGCACUCGACGCCGGCAACGAUUGGCGGCAAGCUGUUCACGAUGUUCUACGCGAUAGUCGGCAUACCUCUGGGACUCAUCAUGUUCCAGAGCAUCGGUGAAAGGGUCAAUAGACUCAGUAGCGUUAUAAUAAAGUCAAUAAAACGCGCGAUGAACUGCAAACAAACCAGCGCGUCGGAGGUGGAUCUCAUCUGCGUGGUAACAACGCUGUCAUCACUCACUAUAGCGGGCGGAGCCGCGGCGUUCUCCAAGUUCGAAGGGUGGAGUUACUUCGAUAGUGUAUAUUACUGUUUUAUCACACUCACUACCAUCGGUUUUGGAGACAUGGUAGCAUUACAAAAAGACAACGCACUCAAUCACAAGCCUUCGUACGUGAUGUUCGCGCUCAUCUUCAUACUGUUCGGGCUGGCCAUAGUGGCCGCGUGCCUCAAUCUUCUCGUGUUGAGAUUCGUCACAAUGAAUACAGAAGACGAGAAGAGAGAUCAAGCGCAGGCUGAACAGGCGCAGCAGGUGGCGGUGCGGCUGGAGGGCGACGUGAUCACGGCGGACGGCGAGGUGCUGCGCGGCGUGUCGCGCGGCACGCGCCUCGCCGGGGACCCGCGACACGUCGCGCCAGGUGACACGUCUUUGGUGCCUUUGUAUGUGGAUGAUGAAUACGCUCCCAGCGUUUGUAGUUGUUCCUGCAACUGCUUUGGACCCAACAAAUCAAUACCAUAUCGCGAUCCACUCUCGCCGGGCCCGCCAACCAACAUAAAGCACAUCAAAUCGAAAAACUACCGAGAACUGGGCAGCAUACCUCGAUACAUAGAGAAAUCAUCAGCCAAGAACCGCUCACAGUCACUACGACUGAACUCAGCAUCGGGCUACUUGUAUAUGAACGCGAAGGCCAACGACUUCCAACUCGACCCAGAAGACUUCAGGGAAAUGGUCGCCAAAAGACGAGAACAGCUCCGAAGAGGGAUGAUGAUGUACGAAAUGAGAUGUAACAACAAUGAACAAUAUCUACACCCGUACAGACACAGCCUCAGUACCAGAUUAGAAAUGAGUCCUCACAGUUCAUCUCUAUACUCGAUGAAUUUGAGAUCAGAGAACCGUAGCAACGAUCCUUUAGUAGAUGAUUACGAUUCAGAAAAAUCCAGUUACGCUAAGAAGAAGUUGAUGAAGAAUAUAGCAAGAAAUACGAGCAACAAGAGAAUGGAGAACUACUUCUAUGAUGAUGCAGUGUUACACUUCGACGAUGAAUAUGCAUUCGAUGGAUCGAUAUUAUUCGCUAAGAGAAGAAAAUCUUUAGAGAGGAAUUGGGAGGAUUAUAAUUGUGAGAUGCCGAAGAAUGCAGACGCCGUCUCGCAAGACGGCAGUUACGGCUACUACCUGCCCGACGACGAGGAUCAAGACCUGUACUUCGUGAACGAUACGUUGACCUUCCAAAUGCCACCGCACAGAGCGAGCAUAUAG